UCACCUUACCAAAAACAUAUUCAAAAAUUCUAUAAUGAGGAAAGAAAGAAACAAUUGCAAGGCCAUGCUUAAUCAUCUUAAGGUAAAGCUCAAGAACAUUAUUGAUCAUCUUCAAUUAAUUCCAAAAUCUUCCAAUAAGCAUCAAUUUGAUGUUGUGGAAUUUGUUGAAACACCAAGAGCAAAUAAUGAAAUGGUACCAAAUGAUGUUAAAGAAGGAUAUUUUGCUGUAUUUUCAGUAAAUUCAGAAGAAGAGCCAAAGAGGUUUAUUGUGGAAUUAUGUUGGCUUACUGAUCCAUCAUUCUUGGAAUUAUUAAAACAAACUGAAGAUGAAUAUGGAUUUGGACAAAAGGGUGUUCUUGAAGUUCAUUGUCUCGCCGCGGAAUUACAAAAAAUUCUCAUCAAACUCAAGAUUGGAGUUUAGAUUAUAAUAUAUGGUUUGAUUUACAAACAUAUAUUAUAUGUUCUUCUUCUGUUUAUGUUACUAUAUAUUGAGUCCAUCUCUAACUAGAAUUGAGACUUGCUUCAUGU